ACAAUGUUUUCACGAUCAAAAUUUCGUUUGAAACCAUUUGGUAAUAAACGCAAAAACUAUUCGCGCAAUUUAAUAUUUUUGAAUCGACGAAGACAUCACGAUCAUGAUUAUCGGGAUCGUCACCAUGACCGGGACGACAGAUGAAUGUCAAUGGUGACGUUGAUGUAAAAAAUAAAGUAACCUCGAUAUUUAAAAUGAAAAAAAAAAAUGAAUGUUUGCUUACAUGGUAGUACGAAGGUUUUAUAUAUAUUUUUAUAUAAAGAUGGUAAAGCCGGGUAUGGAAAUAUUUAAAAUAAAAAUAAAAGUAAAGCCGUAGGACUGUGGGAGUACAAAACGUGAUCACCGGGAACAGGGAUCUGGGGUCUGUAGGCUUUCAGAAUUCAAAUACCUGUACUGUGAUUGUCUGGCUUCAGCAGUUGCUGUAUUGUAUUGAUGGUGAUGCUGCUGAUGAUGUUGGUAGUUGGUUGUAAAUGUGCAGAUGUAUGUGAGCGUUUAAGUCCUUUAGUCAUUUCUCUUUUUAUUCCCUUUUUCUUUUUGCUCUCGAACAUUCUUCAGUCUCGCUGGUCCAGGUCAGUCGAGAUCCAGGUUUAAGAAGACGCUUUUGUAUCUCCACUAUUGCGAUUACCCGUUUAAAGUUUAUAAUUAAGAUUGAAGAGCUGUGAAAUAUGCGUCUUAAAAACCCGUUGCCACAGCGAGGAAUCUACAAUGUAAUGAUGUCUGGAGAUUCACCGGGUCUGGAUUCACGAUCGAUACCAGCGAGCUAUGAUUUACCUGACGACGCACGUCCUGGAGAAUUACCACCGGUUAUAACGUUAAGUUCAACGGGUAAAUUGAGCCACAAUAAUCAUGACCACCCGGACAACGAAAUGAUUGAAGAAGUUGCGACUGUUAAAAAAACGCUGCCCAGUCCAGAACCACGACCGAAAAUUCAUCAGAAUGGCAAAGACAGUGAGAAUAAUAAUAAAUUUAAGCUGGAAAAUAAAUUCGCUGAAAAUAAUAAAGAUGACAAUGACGCCUGUGUCAACUGUCUCUACUACACUCAACAGUUGUGCGAGUGUGUGAUACUUUAAUCGAAUUAUAUAUUAUAUAUUAUAUUAUAGUAUCAUAAAUAUAUAUAUAUAAAUAUAUUUAACGGACAAUUAUCAUUAAUGUGAGAAUGUAUAUAAAAUAUUAAACUUAUUUUUAAAAUGUCAUUUUAUAAACGUACAGAUUUAUAAAAAAAAGAAGAAAAAAAAAUUAUAAAUACAUAUUUUUGUAUUCUU